AUGCCAUUCAUUGACGACCUUCCCAUCAUGACCGAAGGCAACAUGACGGUUCUUCAGGCGAUGCCCACCGAUAUCACGUACAUCAUCUUCGAUCGACUCUCGCUCGAAAUCGAGACCCUGCUGAGAAGGCUCAUCGGCACUUGUGCUAGUCUCGAUGUCGGCAUCCCGGACAAUGCUGUUAUUCAAAUUCGCCAUACCACCCAUGAUCCCCUUUGA